UUUUAUUGUUUCACUCACCGCAUCUUAGUGAAACGUAAAGUAGUAAGUAGUAGUCUAACACGCGUGGCAUUUCGUGCCCUCGUAUACCAAUGUACCACCGUGCGGCAGGCGGCGGCGGGCGUGGACGUGAGCGUGGGCGGCGCGGGCGGCGCGGAGGCGGCGGCGCGCGCCGGCCUGGCGCUGCUGCUGCCCGAGCCGCGCCCGCCGCGCGCCGGCGCGCUGCCGCUGCAGCCGCACCCGCACGAGCUGGCCGCCGCCGCCGCCGCGCUGUGCGCCGCCAAGCAGUGGCGCGACGCCGUGCUGCUGCACGACGGCAGCGCCUUCGCCGCGCCGCUGCUGGCGCCCGCGCACGAACGCCUGGCGCUGCGCGCGCGCCGCCUGCCGCCGCCCGGCGCCGCCGACGCGCUGCGCAGCCUGCUGCUGGUGCUCAAGCGCUGGGGCGCCGCGCGCUUCGUGGUGUGGUGCGACGCGGCGUGCGCCGAGCGCGUGCUGGACGCGGCGCAGCGCGCGGGGCUGCUGGGCGCGCGCCACUCCUUCCUGCUGGCGGCGCCCGACCUGCGCGCCGAGCGCCUGGCGCGCUACAGCUACGGCGGCGCCAACGUCACGGCGCUGCGCCCGUUCGACCCGGAGGCGCCGGCCGUGCGGCGCGCCGCGGCCGCCUGGGCCGCCGAGUACGCGGCGCUGGUGGGGCCGGCCGAGGCCGCGCGCCCGGCCGCCGCGCCGCCCGCCGCGCCGCUGCUGGCGUACGACGCGGCGCGCGCGGCGGCGGCGGCGGCGGCGCGCCUGCGGCUGCCGGUGCUGGCGGGCGGCGCGGGCGACUGCGCGCGCGGCUCGGCCGCCUUCCACGCCGACUCGCUGCUGAACUACGUGCGCUCGGAGGAGUGGGGCGGCGCGGCGGGCGCGCUGAGCUGGGAGCGCGGCGCGCGGCGCGGCGCGACGCUGCACGCGGCCGAGCUGCGGCGAGGCGGGCGGCUGGCGGCGGCGGCGACGUGGAGCGCGCGCGGCGGGCUGGCGUGGCGCGCGCGCGCCGCCGCCGCGCCGCCGCCGGGGGACGCCAUGGCCAACCGCACGUUCGCGGUGCUGAUCGCGCAGAGCGACCCGUACGUGAUGCGCCAGCUGUCGGCGGAGCGGCUGGCCGGCAACGCGCGCUACGAGGGCUUCUGCGUGGAGCUGAUCGAGCAGCUGGCGCGCCUGCUGGGCUUCAACUACACGUUCGUGGAGCAACCCGACGGCGACUACGGCACGCUGGACCGCGCCACCGGCCGCUGGAGCGGCAUGAUGCGCCGCCUCAUCGAGGACGAGAGCGUGCACUUCGCCAUCACCGACCUGACCAUCACGGCGGAGCGCGAGGAGGCCGUGGACUUCACCACGCCCUUCAUGAACCUGGGCAUCAGCAUCCUGCUGCGCAAGCCCAGCAAGCCCGAGCCGGCGCUGCUGGCCUUCCUGCUGCCCUUCUCCGGCGGCGUGUGGCUGUGCCUGGGCCUGGCCUACGUGGGCGCGUCGCUGGUGCUGUUCGUGGUGGGCCGCCUGUGCCCCGCCGAGUGGCAGAACCCGUUCCCGUGCGUGGAGCGGCCGCCCGCGCUGCGGAACCAGUUCACGCUCGCCAACGCGCUGUGGUUCAACCUGGGCGCCGUGCUGCAGCAGGGCUCGGAGAUCGCGCCCGUGGCGUUCGGCAGCCGCGCCGUGGCCAGCGUGUGGUGGCUGUUCGCGCUGGUCAUCACCAGCUCCUACACCGCCAACCUCGCCACGCUGCUGUCCACCGAGACGCCGAGCGAGCUGCUGCGCGACGUGGCCGAGCUGGCCGACAACGAGCGCGGCAUCGCGUACGGCGCCAAGGCCGGCGGCGCCACCUACAAGUUCUUCGAGCAGUCCACCGACGAGCUGUACCGGCGCAUGUACCGCGUCAUGAGGGAGCAGAAGAUGCCGCUCACCAACCAGGAGGGCAUCCAGUGGGCGCGCGAGGGCAACUACGCGUACUUCGCCGAGUCCACCACCAUCGAGUACACCGUGGAGCGCAAGUGCGACGUGACGAGCGUCGGCGACCCGCUGGACAGCAAGGGCUACGGCAUCGCUAUGAAGAAAAACUCGCCGUACCGGCACGCUCUCAACCUGGCGCUGCUGAGUCUGCAGGAGGACGGCGUGCUGCGCGACAUGAAGCGACGCUGGUGGAAGGAGAUGCACGGCGGCGGCGCCUGCAAGGAGCCCGACGAGCACGACGCGCAAAAGCUGUCCAUCUUCAACUUCCUGGGGCUGUUCCUCGUGCUGGCCGUGGGCUGCGCGCUGGGCGUGCUGCUGUCGCUGGCCGACCUGGCGCGCGCCGCCUGGCGCCGCCCGCGCGCGCCCUCCUUCCUCGCCAGCCUGCUGGCCGAGCUGCGCUUCGUUUUCCGCUUCGAGCGCUCCAGCAAGCCGGUGCGCGGCCCGCUCUCGCCGCGCGCCUCGCCCGAGCGCACCUCGCCCGAGCGCACCUCGCCCGAGCCGAGCGCCUCGCCCGAGCGCCCCUCGCCCGAGCGCGCGUCGCCGCCGCGCACGCCGCGACGCACGAGCGCGCGCCGCCGCAGCUCCAUGCACGCAGCCAGCGCGCGCCUGGCGCGGCACGCUGCGUCGCCGCGCCGUUUGUCGUCGCCAGCGCCAACGUCGGGCGAGCGCUAGUAUGUCGGAUAUUAAAUUUUAAUUUACUAAGAAGUUAUCCAAAUUCUGGGAAAAGUAGUAGUCUGUAGGCGCAAGGUUUGGUGAGUAGGGCGGAUGACGGAGAGCUUCCGACCCCACUUAUUGCAACUCGGAGACCGUCUGCUGUGCAGCAUGAGGUCGCGCGUUGUCGUGCGGGAGCAGCGGAGAGGAGCGAUCGGCCAACGCCGGUCGGAGAUGUGCCAGCUUCAAUCGUUGUGUUCAGUUCUUCACAGUACGCAUCUGCAGUGAUGCUCAUCCCAUUGGUAAGAAGCUGUGAGGAAUCACACUACCAAAUAGUGACCAUCACUUUUCUAGGGGUUAGUUUUCAUUUAGGGCAUUGUUUAGGUGCUGAACCAGGAUCCAACCAACUUGCUGAGCGCUUGAGGUUAUCAAACAGAAUUCAUUUUUCAUCGCAGGUGAUCAAUGAAAGAAAGAAAGAAAGAAAAGAAAGAAAGAAAAGUUUAUUUAGAAUACACAUCAUACAAAGAAAAGAGAGAAAAAAAAAAAACAAUAAAUUAAAAUACAUUGCACCUUGCAUGAUGUGAUCCUAAGGGUCACCAUAUUGCAGUGUCCGUAAGGAUACCGCGCUGAUCUUCCGUGGAGCCAUUAAGGUGACGUUUGGACGGUAUCGAGACGUGCGGAGCGCCUCUAACAAACAUCGACAAAUAUUAAAAGAAGACAGAUACGUAAAUUAAAUACAAAAAUAUUACUAGUAGAAACAAGUGGUAAAAAUAAGCCAAUUAUAAAUAAUAAUACAAUAAAUAAAUGAUAACAUAAUAAUUUGGUAAAUAAAUAUUAUAAUAAAUUAAACAAAACAAAGGACCCAUUACUUAUAUGUUUUAAAUUAAAAGAUAAUGUUUUCGAAUUUUGGUUUUAAAAGUGGUCUUGGAUAUUUUUAAAUUACGAAGAGGAGGAGGCAAAUCAUUCCAGCACUUUGUUGCCGCGAAUUUAAAGCUUGCAGCUCUGAAAUGUUGCGGCACUUUAAGGGUCCAGACUCGAUUUGAUCUUGUCAAGGAUGUUUUGUUCCACUCUAGCUUAUCAAAUAAGUAAGCAGGCUGCUGAGACUUCAAUACUCCAAAUAGAAGUGUAGCAAGGUGAAGAUUCCGUCUCGCUUUCAUAUUGAGCAGUUUAGCUUCGUUAAUAAACGGCGCAACAUGCGUUCUGGGGGGAAUAUGAAAACAGAACCGGGCACAUGCAUUUUGGAUGCGUUGUAUUAGCCGUUGAGUGCGAACGAGCAGUCGUGGCCCAUACAAAGCAUCAGCGUAGUUUAAUUUUGAGAGUAUUAAAGACUCACAUAUCCCAACACGCACAUCUACACUCAUAUAAUUCCGUACACGGUAUAAAGUUCUUAAUCUAUAAAAACAACUGCGCACUGUUUCCAAGAUAUAACCUUCAAAACGCAAUUCAGUAUCUAUCAGUACCCCUAAAUUUCUAGCCUCAUUAAUACGCUGCAGCACUUGAUCUUUAAUACAUAUAGCAGAGAGGUUUGGCGAUACCUUUGCGACUGCCUGACGAGAGCCAAGUAACAUGAACUUUGACUUGUCAGCAUUUAGUACUAACUGAUUAUUAUUCGCCCAGUUUGCUAUAUUUUCCAAGUCAUCGUUUAGUUUACUAACGGCAUCACUAUAAUCAUCAGGUUUAAAAGAAAUAUACAGUUGAGUGUCGUCUGCAUACAUAUGAUAAUUUGAGUUAUUAAUACUGUCUACUAUGUCUGCAGUAUAUAUAAUGAAAAGUAAGGGACCUAAGAUAGAGCCUUGUGGGACUCCUCGAGACAAAAGUUUAGAUUCUGAGGUAGCUAUCCAUCCCGUGGAAUCGCGCAAUUCAACGUACUGAGUACGCUGAGACAGAUAGCUUGCAAACCAACUGAUGGAUUUUGUCGAGAACCCGUAAAAUGAAAGUUUUGCUAAUAAUAACGAAAUAUUAAUUGUAUCAAAUGCUCGAGAAAAAUCUAACAAAGUUAACACCGUUACUUCACCUUUGUCUUGUGAUGCUAACAUAUUAUCAACCACAUCAAUAAGAGCGGUGGUAGUACUUCGAAACUUUCUAAAACCGGAUUGCUUGUUUGGAAGAAAUAUUGUUACUUUCAAGGUAUUGAGACAGUUGAUUACAAACAACUUUUUCAAGUAUUUUAGAGAGACAAGGAAGUAUGCUAAUCGGUCUUAAAUCCUUUAAUUCAAGUACAUUCUGUUUUUUGGCAACGGUUUGACCACAGCAUUUUUCUAUAUUUGCGGAAAAGUACUAGUUUUAAUGGAAUGAUUGACAAUUUCAAUGCGGUUCAAAUUCCUUCAUUCGUGUGUCUGUCGAGCAGUGUCUCGACGAGUACUUCGCGCUGGCCAUCGUCGAGUUCGUGGGGCACUCAUUUAUCAAGCUUGCCAAUACGCAAAAACUUUGACGCAAAUAGACCAAUAUUGUUUUGACGCUAACGUCGAAAGCUGCUGCUAAUUCAGCCGUAGCUUGUGUAUCUUCGGCUUCCACAAUCGCCUGUAAUUGUCGACCAAAGUCUUCGGUCGACCGCGAGGUUCAUUUUUCAGGCCGAAAUUCCCAGAACGGAAGCGAGCAAAUCAAUAACAGUUGGUUGGCGUUGGUUUGUAGUGUUAGCUCCGCAGACGUCGUUAAUGUCGCGUGCCGCUUGUGCCGCGUCGCUGCCACGACGGUGACGGUACGCAUAUGCCAUAACUACUCGAAUAUUUAACGUAUCCUUGAUGACGAAAAAGGCUGAAAUGCGAUGAAAAUGUAACACUAAACAAUAAACAAAUGACAACUUUUGGAAAAAGAAUUCCAUGUUUUUUAAAUAAAAUUAAUUUGAAAUUAGAAUUCUUUACCAAACAAAAAUUAUUUUGAUUUGAAAUGGUCAGUAUUGUAGAACGGCAAUUUUAUAGGUACCUAUUAAUAAUAAUAAUAAUAAUAAUUACUAAUGGUAAGUGCUGAAUAAUCAUAGGGUUUAAAAAAUGUCUACUAUAUAAAAAAAAAUUAUUUAAAACAAUGGGGAUGAUGACUAGGUUUGAAUAUAUUGAUUUUUAUGAUACAUUCGGGUAAAUAAGGUCAAUGUUAACUAAUUUAUACAUAAAAAGCAAAGAUUCAAAAAAAAAAGAUAUAAAAAUAAAAUUUCAAAAUCUAUUAAAUUUUUUUUAUUGUAAUUAGAUGAAAAUUCAUACAGUUUUAGCUUCCUUACAUUAAUGUGACAUUUUUCAAUAAAUGAACUAUAAACAUAAACGCACAAACAACAAAGAUAUUAGUAAUUUUGUUUGAACGCCCAUACAAACCUAAAGAUGAGCGAGCCAACGACGACGCUGUAUGGGGCGUUUUUCAGGGAUCCGCGGCAGCGCCGCAAAUCUGACCCUUUAAAUCCCUGUAGCUCCGAAAGUAAUGAUCGCAGAUACCCUGUUCCUUUUACAAAAUUGCUUUGCUGUUAGUAUACUCUUAAUUUAUGUACAAUUUAAAAAACUGUCAUCAUCCCUAUUAUUCACCGCUGCAGUAUUUCCGUAUUGCAGGGGCUUUAUUAAUAAGUGUCAAUGUUAGAGAAAUUUAGAAUACAAAAUAAUUAUUACCA